GCCGCGACACCAGCACCCGUCGGAUGCCCAGCCUGCCUCGGAUCCGGUUCAGGCCGCUGCGCUUCGGCGGCGGUGCAGACCGCCACGACACCAAGGACCGACCGUCGUCGUCACUGUCGGCGACGGUGGCGGCGGUCGACGAGCCCGACGACAGCGACGGUGCCUCGUCGCACCGGGACGAGUCCGGGGACGACGACGAGACCGGCGUGCUGACGCGGCUCGCCUCGCGCGUGCAGCGCACCGACAGCCUGGAGCUGAAGCUGGCGCUGCGGCCCGACCGGCAGCAACUGAUUGACCGCAACAUCCUGCAGCUGCAGACGGAGCAGGACCGCACCGACUGGCGCUGCGAGCUGAGCGCCCGGCUCAACCGGCGCCUCAGCCUGCGGCCCACCGCCGAGGAGCUCGAGGAACGCAACAUCCUCAGGACCAUGUCGCUCGAGGACUCCAUUCGUGACAUGGAGAACCGCAAGGUGACCCUGCUGCGCAAGCUCAGCUUCCGGCCGACCAUCGACGAGCUGAGACAACGCAAGGUGAUCCACUUCAACGAAUACGUGGAGGUGACGCAGGCGCACCAGUACGACAGACGCGCCGACAAGCCCUGGACUCGCCUCACACCACGCGACAAGGCCAUGAUUCGCAAGGAGCUGAACGACUUCAAGUCGGCAGAGAUGGACGUGCACCAGGAGUCGCGCCAUCUGACGCGCUUCCACCGACCCUGAGCGCGGCGCGCUGUGAUAGCAGAGCCAUCUGUCGCACAACUAACGAACUAGCGGUACAUGCAACGGCCGCAUGAGCGCUGGCGGCGGGUAUGGAGUUCUUCACGUUCCGUAGUUGUGUGAUGGAUGCCUGAUGCACCACAUCAUCACCUCUUUGAAUGUGCGUUGUUGAAUCGGCGACGGCGGCUUAUUGCUAAUGUGUGAUGUAAGCCUGUGUACCGUACUCAGUCGUAGUCCAUCGCGCAUGUAGGAUAUAGUUUAGUUUUCUUACACUUCACAUCGAUGCACUCUUUCCUGGGAACAUGCUGGUCGGUGAUCGUCAAGUAAUGCAACCGUAUCUACACGUUGCAUAUUUAUAGCGAAAUUGACAAAACUACAAAGAGUGAAGUUUCGUUCGCGUGUCGGUGCUUUGUACAUACUCUUGUGAACAUGUCUAUAACCGUUUUAAU